CCCCACCACCCAUUAUUUCGUCGCACAACAACAAACUCCCCCUCCUAGGACCCGCGCACUCUUUGCUCAUCGUCGCAUUGCCAACUAUUUCUUGCACCUCGUUGUCGAACUGGAACACAACAUUUUGACGCGCUCCCUAUUCGACUUGCGACCGAGCUUAGAUUCCUCGACGCGCCGUCAUCACAACAACACAACAAACGCGCCUGAUUCUGCCCGCCACACGACUAUCCUGAUUGUCCCACGACAAUUGAGGACAUUGCCGUACGCGCAAACACCUCUGCAGCUACCGACACUUGCACAUCGUCAACAUGUUUUACUCGGAGACUCUCCUGUCGAAGACAGGCCCUCUGGCAAGAGUAUGGCUGUCUGCCAACUUGGAGCGCAAGCUCUCCAAAAACCACAUUCUACAAGCAAGUGUGAAAGACAGCGUUGAAGCUAUCGUUACGCCCAAUCAAGCGCCAAUGGCACUCCGUCUAAGUGGUCAACUCCUUCUCGGUGUCGUCAGAAUUUAUAGUCGCAAAGCGCGUUAUUUACUUGACGACUGUAAUGAGGCACUCAUGAAGAUCAAGAUGGCAUUCCGUCUUUCCGGAAAUAACGACAUGCCAACCGGCAUCCACAUGCCUUCUCGAGACGCGCUCAUGCUUCCAGAUGUACUUACUGAAGGCGACAACCUUGAGAUGCCUCCUUUGCCUGAUGCGUCAUUUCUUUUCUCUCAACUAGACGAUGACUCACAUCAACGGAAGCGCAGAGCAGGUAGUAGAGAUAUCAAUCUCCAAGAGGACUAUACUGGCAGUCAGUUUCUGCAAAACAGCAUCGAAAAUCAGAAUGACGAAGAUCUCGCACUGGAGCCCAUGGAUGACCUGGAUUUAGGGUUGGAUUUUGGAUUAGACCUUGAUGACUUUAACCCGAAGGCUGUUGACCGCAGCAUCGAAAUUGGACGAGAUGCCCCAGCCGCCCGCGCCCCGGAGGAUGACUUGUUGAGCGAAUUGGAUAUUCAAGUUCCCGCAAAGGAUAACUUCGACGCAGGAGAACGCGAUACAUCCCUCAACUUAGAUUUUGGCGGAGGAGACUUCGGGAUGGACGAAACUGUCCGGAUGGCCGAUGAUGAUGGAGAUGUCUUGAUGAACAUGGGAGAUGGACCCGAUGGAACCCUCGCCGCUGCUCCUCUUAUCCGUCCUGGAAGGAUCUCGGAAUCACCCCUCUCGGAUAUCGACGAAGCUUUGGCAGCCGAAGUUGAAGCUGAGCAUCGAGCAAACAUGACCUCGGCACUCUUUCAACCUGAGGAUGAACCUGAUGAGUCGACACUGAUCCUUAACCCUGCCCAACGUGCCAGAAAGCAAAAGCUCCUCCGACCUGAUGACGAGACCAUGAUCCCAAACCACCAGAUCAAGGAACAGCAAGAGCAACACGACAAGAUCCUUCGACCCCAGUCAUUCCUUCCACGCGACCCAGAACUCCUUGCGUUAAUUGAAAUGCAGAAGAACGGUGGUUUUGUUUCGCAUAUAAUGGGUGAGGGUCGGAGUGCGGGAUGGGCACCAGAACUCCGCGGCAUGUUGUCAUUAGCUGCAGUUCGAAGAAACGGUGAACUUAAACGUAAGCGCGACAGUGGUGUUGCUGAUUUGGAAAGCGGUGAUGACCAAGGUCCCCAUAAGUCACCACGUCUUGACCUAGGUGAAGAGGAUGACCUUGCGGCUGGGCUUGGAAGUGCAGGCUUGGACAAGGAGAACACGAUUCUUGCUGCAGAUGGAACGGUAAUUGAGAUGCCCGCCGAUGACGGAUUUAUGAUACCGCAGGAUGAGGAGCAUGAUCCAAGUGCUGGCCUCUCACCAGGCGCAAAUUUCGACGAGACCACCGCACCACUAGUACACCCUGCCGACAGCGGACCUGUCUCUCUUGGUACCAAGCAUGCAGUUCACCUACUACGCGAUAGAUUUGGCCCCGAAGCUGCUAACAGUCCCGACAAGCGCAAGAAGGCCAGUGUUCUCUUCCAGGAUCUCCUACCAGAGGCAACCACCAGCCGAGCAGAUGCUACCAAGAUGUUUUUCGAGGUGCUAGUUCUCGCUACCAAGGAUGCAGUCAAGGUUGAACAACAAGAAGCCCUUCUUGGGGGUCCAAUCCGUGUCCGAGGAAAGAGAGGUCUAUGGGGUGAUUGGGCUGAACGGGAAGCGGGCGGUGAGAUCGCAGAAGAGGAGCCAGCACCACACGCUGGUCUUGAGCGCUCGACAGCUGUUGCUGUCGCCGCAUGAGCUUCUUCCAACUUAAUAUUUCGAUCUACCUACACUUCCCUGUACAAGUACUGCAUAUGUUUAUGUCUCACUUACGAGGCCGGAAAAGACCCUGGGCGGCAGUGGCGCAGAGGCGUUCCCGGAUUUUUUUUUCAAGCUCCCUUCUAUUUCUGAACGGAGGAUAAUUGGGUCAGGGCAUUGACAUUGGCGUUUUUGUGUUCUUGGUUGGCUGGACGGGUUGGCAGCUGCGAAUUGAUGUCCCUUCAUUUCGGUAUUGGCUAGCGAUGGAUGAACAAAUGGAUAUGUGGGGAAGAAAUGAAGAGAGAAUAGAGAGAGGGAACAUAGACGAUGAUGACCUUUUUGAGGCGUGCUCGUUGGAUGCAUUUCUUGAUCUCAUAUCUUAGUUAGCCACUGCACAUUAUGCGAAAGGAACACAAAACGCUGUCAUGUUAUGACAGUGCGGGUUUGGAGAGUAAUGUGUCUUUUUGUGUAUGCCGUGUUUUGUGGUCUUCAUUGUCAAGAUGUACAUCGCUAUAUCGACUAAUCAACUAAGCUUAAGAUUGGUCGAGUCUUUUAAUCCAUCACACUCAUAAUACCCCCGCCAUUUUUACUUCGCCUACUGGGAUCGAAAUCUUCGCCAAGUGGCACAUAUCCAGAAGUCUACUUUAUGUAUCAGCCCCUUAUCUAUAUCUGCUUCCUUUCAAGUUUAGCAGUUGUUUUAAAUUAUCGUUAUCGUCUGAAGAUGAGCCUUCAAGUGACUAGUGACCUGACUGACUCAUCCGGUCACGACUCAUCUUUCAGAUGAGACGAUACGGCUCAGCCUCAUCCCCACGCUUCGGGAUGACUGCACUGCAUGCAUCUCCGCCUCGUACUAUCAACAAGUCAAGCCUCCACAUUGGGAGGCCAGUAUAGCUAAUCAAAUAAAUAUAAGUCAUGUCCUUGUUCGGGACAGGAACGAGUCUGGAUACUUUUUGAUCUUUUCUGUCUUUAUGACUAAAGAAGUCGAGUUUCUUGAACGUUCCAGCUGUACCGCAUAAUUCAAAAGCCAUCACGCGAUCGAGCUCUAGAAUUCAUAUGCGUUUCCAGACAUCUUACACUAAGAAACAACUUGCGAAGUACAGACGCAAAAGAGACUCGAAUUCCUCACAAUAUCAUGGCAUCAACUUCACACCCCCACCGCCAGAAAUUCACACUCACAUCCACCACCACCGCCCUCGCGCUCCUCCUUCCCCCCAACCUCUCCCCCGAACUCACCACCCUCCGCACCCUCCACGACCGCACAUCCCAAACCUGGCCCUCCCACCUCACCAUCCUCUACCCCUUCCUCCCUCUCUCCUCUCUCCCCUCCGCAAUGCCCCUCCUCCAAUCCGCACUCUCAUCUCUUCCUUACCACAAACUUAAAGUUGUGUUGGAUGAAGUAGGGGUUUUCAAACAUAGGAAGAACGCUACAGUGUAUUUGAAACCCGGGGAGGGUGGUGAGUCUGAGGGGACUUUGAAGGAGUUGAGGGGGUGUGUGGAGGGGCUGUUUGGUUUGAGAGAGG